AGGCUCCUCAGUAUCUACUCAAGCGCAGCUUGAGUGACAUUGAUUGCUUGGGACGGAGUUUGAGUUUCGCAAAAGUAGAGUAUCCAGUGAGAGGUGUCGUCCUACUUGUGAGAUAAAUUUAUAAAUAUUCUUAGCUUGUCUGAUUUCCUUCCAGUCACGGACUUGGAGCUAGUACCUAGACAGAAUCUAAAUACAGAUACAUAAAUUUAAAUCUUUCAAUGGGGUCGAAAUGCCUGGUCUGGGCAUUUGGAACGCUUCUCUUGUUGGCAGCCACAGCUGACGCCCAGCUUUCUACCACAUUCUACAACUCCAGAUGCAGAAAUUUGACUGCCAAGGUUGAUGAGAUCAUCCGAAGGACCAUAAGGAGGGACAGGACACUGGCUCCAGCUCUUCUUCGUUUGCACUUCCACGAUUGCUUCGUCCGGGGUUGUGACGCUUCUGUUUUAUUGAACAGCCCUCGUGGUGGUCAAGGGGAGAAGGAAGCAAUAGGAAACAAAGAUUCCCUCCGUGGCUUUCAGGUUAUCGACGAUGUUAAGAAUCAAAUUGAAGCGAUGUGCCCUGGUGUCGUCUCCUGCGCUGACAUUCUUGCUCUUUCUGCCCGAGACUCAAUGCGCGCUUUUGGAGGUAUCACCUGGAGCGUCCCAUUGGGCAGAAGAGAUGGAAUAGUUACAUCCGCUGCUGAAGCCAACCGAGACUUACCACCGCCGUUUGCAAACUUCAACACUCUGUCAACUUUAUUCAACGGCAAGGGUCUUUCCGAUAAGGACAUGGUCAUUCUUUCAGGUGCGCAUACUGUUGGUUUUGCACGCUGCGCUAGCAUGCAAACACGCUUGUACAGCUUCUCGGCAGCCAAUCCCACAGAUCCAACAAUCGAUCCUACAUUCGCCGCUCAGUUGAAGAGGCAGUGUCCUCAAGGCGACAAUACCACACUCAUCCUCAAUGACCAGACAAAGCCUAGUGAUACUUGGGACUUCAACUACUAUUCCAACGUCCUCAGGAGCAAGUCUCUGUUCGGCUCGGACGAUGCAAUGAAGAGAAAUGCUGCAGCUCGCAAAAUUGUCCUUACUCAGAACAAACCAGGUUCACCUUUCAGCGCAGAAUUUGCGAACGCGAUGGAAAAAAUGGGAAGGAUUGGCGUGCUGACAGGCAGGACCGGGCAGAUCCGGAAGAUAUGCACACAAACAAAUUAGUAUUAGAUGGCGAUUCAUCUGCUAAUUGCUAUCCAAGAUUCACGAUGUUCGAUUCAUUUAGUUGUGCCAGCGCUGAGGUGCAUUCACAUUCGACUCUUUCACAUUUUCUUGAGAUUUCUUCAGAAUCUCCCUUGACCAAUAAGAAAUAAAUCGGUUCAGAGACUCCAGGUUCAAAGCCAGAUGAUGUGACACGUCAAGCUUCUGUGCCCACAUCGCUUUCUCUUUUAUUGUGAUCUUCUCGUUUGGAAUGCUCUGCUGUUGCCUUCACAAACUUAUAUUGUAACUUUGAUUUCAAGCAAAAUAUGACACCAUUUUCC